UGUUUGACGAGUGCAGCUUAAGCCAUAUAGGGAAAUAAACAAUUAUUACCUGUAGGUAAGCAGAUUGAAGGAGCAUCGGUGGUGAUUGUUUGAGCACCUCCUUGUUCUGCCUGGUAGCUUAUAGGAAAAGGAAACUGGUCUUUCUCUUACUAUUAAAGAAUCCUUGAAACCAUCAGAGCUAUUAACAAUGAACACAGCUGUGAAGGUUUCCACCUUUGCCAAAAAUGUUGCCACUGCAGUCAUCAUCAUUUCAGUUGUUUGCUACGCAGAGAACCUGAAAUGGAUAUCAGAUACUGUCAUUAGACUGGACAUGGCAGAAAAUUCUGUUGAUGACCAAUUUAUAGGCUGCACAGACGAAAUGUACAAGCGGAUUACAAAUACGACUCUACUAAAAGAGUUAAAAUCUCACAAAAAAUUUAAAAACAUUUGGGAAAAGUACUCAAAAUUUACUGAUAAUUUUACAAGAAUAAUAAAGGUCUACACAGACCUACAUUCUGACCUUUAUAAAAAGUUCAAUGAAGCUGUGAGCUCAGGCAGAAGGAAAUAUGUCAGUAAGUUCACCUAUAAAGCCUUUCAUUUCUUGCUAACACGAGCAGUACAAAUUCAUCAAGUAAAGAACUGUACUCAUGUUUUCCGCAGAACCAAUGUUAGUUUUGAUGCAAACGUUCUUGGCCAUCAAAUGCGAUUUGGCAGAUUUGCAUCAACUUCACUUAGAACUAACAUGUCACAUACAUUUGGUGGAAUCUCCUGUUUUAAUGUUACGACAUGCUUUGGUGCAAACAUAGCCAAUAUUUCUGUGCUCCCUAAAGAGGAAGAGGUGCUAAUCCCACCUUUUGAAAAAUUCAAAAUCACAAAGAAAAAAACAGAUGAACUGUAGUGUCAUUUAUACUCUACAGAGCACUGGGGAGUGUAGUAAUAUGAACUGUGAGCUGCUUAAAAAAGAAAAAAAAAAAAUGUAGAUGCAAAUGUGUUGAUGUUAAUAUAGCAUCACUGCUAACACUGCUGGAUAAUUUAGUACACGAUGUAAUGUUUUCUAAACAUUUAUUAUUGUAAAAGCUUUUGUUAUUUCUUUAUAAAAUUGCUAAAAAUAAUUAAAUCAUUGUAAUUUUAACAAUUUUUGAGAGUUUGUCUGAAUGGAAUCUAGAAACAUUUUGUAGCUCACCACCAAAAAUUAAUAUUUGAAUAUUCAAAGAAGUGAUGACCUGAUGCUCCUAGGUUCUACACAUUGCUUAAUCUUCAAUAAAAAGAGAUAUGCAUGAAUUGUAACAACAUGCACUGCUUGAAAUGCACUUUUCACAUUAAAAGACCAUUUGGUAGAAUGUUCAUAAUACAAAAAUUGCGUGGUCAGUUUUAAAAAAAAAGAUUUGUUGUUAUUAUAGCCCUAAGGAACUAAAAAAUGGAAAAAAUGUGUGUGUGUGUUCGUGUAUAUAUGUAUACAUUUUUUUUAAUGGUCUUUUCCUGAUGAUACCAUUAAAUGGUUAAAAUGGAAUCAAUGGGCAGGUUGAGAACCCCUGUGUUAAUACAUUUAAAGUCUACAUUUUUAACAUGUACCUGGUUUAUUUGCUGUAAUAAAAAUUUUUCAUAAUAAAUGAGUUUAUACACUGAAAAUGCUCAUUGGCAUUUGAAAUGUAAGCAGAUAUUUUGGUCUCAAAGGUUCUAAAUCCUGUAUUGUGGAGUCAUUUUUCUUGAACUCCUGUGGACCACAGAAAGCUUUGAAAGCAGAAAUUUAGUGAACAAUACAUUUAACUAUGUAUCUGUGAGGCUCACACAAUAAUCCUCAGUGAGCUGUGAGGUGAUGUUUUCUUAUUUAUUUCUCUAAAAUCUCAGAUAUAUAGUAUCAAAUGAAAUAAGACGAUCCUUAACAAAAAUGAAGAACAAGAGCAGAAAAGCAAGAAAAAAAAAUAAUAAAAAUUGAAGUGUAUUAAGUGUAGUCUUUUUUUUUUCACCAAUCUGAUUACUGACUAUUUGACUAUCACAUUUUCUGCUUUCCUGCUGUUUUUUUUGCACACCGAUACUGUGCGUCUACGUCAAUUUUAACAUAGUUGUCCUCAUUUGGAUGUCGUGGUCCUCAUUUGUUUUCCUCCUGAUCUCAUAGUUAAAUUAUUUUAGUUCCAAAUUUCCGACAGAAGUAGCCAUUUUAUGUGUAGCAUGUACCAAAAUGAGCUUUUCUGGGUGUGCACACUGCCAUUAAAACACUUGCCGUGACUAGUGCGUAAUAGUUCAUACUGUGAGGAAAACACAUGGCAGCAUCACACACAGUUUAAUGUCCAAUUGCUGUUACGCUCACUACACAAUCAUAGAAUGGAAACAGGAGUGAAACAAAAGGCGCACACCUCAGUCAAAAAGAUACCACGUGUUUGCAUGUGUGUGAGAAUUCCUGUUUAACAUUAUGUAUAAUGUAAAGGUUUUGGAUGUUUGUUAAUUGAUUAGAUGGAUGGAUGGAUGGAUGAAAGGAGUGAUCAAUAGCCUAAAGUUUAUGUAUCAUGUGAGCUAUGUAUCACCUCAGUUAGGGAAAGUGGGAGCAUCAGAGAGAGUGCUCUGAGAGGAUCUGGUGACUUUAGGAUCGAGGGGUUAACCUCAGAGUAAAGAUUUCCUAUACCCCUUAUGCAGCUAGUGCUCCUCCCUCUCUCCUGAUGUGUAGGGCCCAUUGUAGGCAGGGAAAGAUAGGAGUCAAGUACGAAAGGGUGCAUAUUCACUCAAAGUUGGUACAAAAGGAGAAUUCAAAAGCUUUGUCUUAAAUCUUCUUAACUAAUAUCAACGAAAGAGGGACAAAUAGUGGACGAAAGCACAAGAAAAUGUGUGUGAAAAUUCCUGUUUAAGAUGACGUAUAAUGUAAAGCUUUUGUAUGUUUGUUCCUAUCUAUCUAUCUAUCUAUCUAUCUAAUGGAUGGAUGGAUUUUGUGUUCAAUAUUUUAAAGUUUAUUUAUCAUGGCUUUUAUCAACAACAGUACCUCCUUUAGUCAGCCUCUUUUGCAUGUGAUUGUUCUAAUUUGUUCCUCUCCUGUACCCAAAAUUGAAAUAUUUUCGUUCUAAAUUUCCAAAUUUAGAUUGAUCUCAUGACAUUACUGACCAUUUUCCGUGUAGCACGUACCAGACCGAGUUUGUUUGGGUGCGCACACUGCCAUAAAAACAAAACUAAACUAAACAAAAGAAAAAACCUUGCCAUGUCUAAUGUGUAAUAGAUCAUGCUGGGAGGAAAACACGUGGCAGCAUUGCACACAGUUUAAUGUCAAAUUGCUGUUACACUUAUGUUAGGAUGCUGCACAAUCAUAGAAUGGGAACAGGAGCAAAACAAAAGGUGCAAACUUCAGUCAAAAUGAUACCACAUGUUUGCAUGUGUGAGAAUUCCUCUUUAAGAUUAAAAUAUAAAGGUUUUGGAUGCUUGUUCAUUGAUUAUUAGAUGGAUGGAUGGAUGGGUUAGGGUUAACAUUUUUUCACAGCUGUUCAAUUUCUA